AUGCAUGAAAUACAGCCGCCUCCUCGGACCCCCCCCCCCUCAGAAACUGUUAUUGAUGAAAACAUAACGGUGGAUCGUUCUCUCCCUCUGUGGCUCACACAAACCGGACCAGAACAAGAAUCAUUAUUAUUAUUAUUUCAGGAGAACAAAUAUUACCCCUCGGGCUCCAAUUAUUUUCAUGCAUUCGCUCCUUCAGAGUCUGACGGACGGAGUCUGUUUGUAACGCUGAGAGAGGGGCCGGCCUACACCCAACGGAACCAAGAAUCCAGCGGAACCCAGAACCCAGCCUACACCCAAAGGAACCCAGAACCCAGAACUGGGCCUCAACCCAACGGAACCCAGAACCAAGAGCCCAGCCUCCACCCAACGGAGCCAAGAAUUCAGAACUCAGCCUCCACCCAACAGAACCCAGAACCCAGCAGAACCCAGAACCCAGCCUCCACCCAAUGGAACCCAGAACCCAGAACCCAGAACUGGGCCUCCACCCAAUGGAACCCAGAACCCAGAACCAGGCCUCCACCCAACGGGACACAGAACACAGAACACAGAACCCAACCUCCACCCAACGGAACUCAGAACUCAGAACUGGGCCUCCACCCAAUGGAACCCAGAACCCAGUGGAACCCAGAACCCAGCCUCUACCCAACGGAACCCAGAACAAAGAACCAAGAACCCAGCCUCCACCCACUGGAACCCAGAAACCAGCCUCCAGCCUCCACCCGCAUAACAAGAACCUGA